AUGGCCAAUACCACAACUCCCAUAUACACAGAUACGCCGUUGCCUUUAAUCCACACGCCCAGAUUCAAAACUAGCAAGGCACAUGACCCUUUCACAAUCGAAGCAUCGCACAUGGCUCUUAGCCACAACGCGUUUAUCCGCGGCUUCAACAGCAUAUAUCAGCAAGCGCCUCGUAUACAGGAUCCUAUCAACAAAUCCGAAUUCGUCGGAUACUGUCUGGCUUGGAUUGAUUGCGUCGCACAACACCAUCAUUACGAGGAGACGGAGUUUUUCCCGAAUAUCGAUAAGGCGGCUGGUCGGAAAGGUUUGAUGGACGGCGCAGUCCAUGAACAUGAAGAAUUUUACGGCGGAAUGGAUCAGAUAAAGAAGUAUCUUCAGGACAAGGGUGGGGAUUUCUUACCGGCGGAGUUGAUUGGUAUUAUGGACUCAUUUAAGGAACCGCUGCACAGCCAUCUCACGUCUGAACCACCUGCUAUCGCAGCGCUCGCUCAAUACGAUACUACAGAUACCCCUAUUGAUAUCCUAGGCACUGCUGAUGCUGCUGGCAAGAAGCAGGUUACCUUGGGUUUCCUAUUCAACACACUUCCCGUUUUCUUCCUGAAUAUGGAGACCAUUGAAUUUGAGGGUGGCAUGUGGCACGAAGUAUUCCCGCCUCUAAAGGGGAUAGUCAAGACAAUUAUGACCAAGACUGUUCCUAUGUGGCAUUCCGGCCGAUGGCGCUUCGUGAGUUGUUCACCCGAGGGCGAGGUCAAGCAAUUAGCGGUAUGA